GAAAGCUGGAAGCAGCCUUGCAAGCUAAUUCUUUUUUCCUCUGUGUCUCUGCAGAAACUUGAAGGGUCUAAGUGCAAAGGGCAGCUUUUGAUUUUUGGGGCAACCAACUGGGACUUGAUUGGUCGGAAAGAAGUGCCUAAGCAACAAGCUGCCUACCGCAAUCUGGGUCAGAAUUUGUGGGGGCCCCACAGAUAUGGGUGCCUGUCGGGGGUCCGGGUGCGGACGGUGGUUUCGGGGUCGUGCGCUGCCCACAGCCUCCUCAUCACCACAGAAGGGAAGCUGUGGAGCUGGGGCCGAAACGAGAAGGGGCAGCUGGGACAUGGUGACACCAAGAGAGUGGAAGCCCCCAGGCUCAUCGAGGGUCUCAGCCACGAGACGAUCGUGUCGGCGGCCUGCGGGCGGAACCACACCCUGGCCUUGACCGAGACGGGCUCCGUGUUUGCAUUUGGAGAGAACAAGAUGGGGCAGCUGGGCCUGGGCAACCAGACGGACGCGGUCCCGAGCCCCGCACAGAUAAUGUACAACGGCCAGCCAAUUACCAAAAUGGCCUGUGGGGCCGAAUUCAGUAUGAUAAUGGAUUGCAAGGGAAACCUCUAUUCCUUCGGGUGCCCUGAGUACGGUCAGCUGGGACACAACUCGGACGGGAAGUUCAUCGCCCGUGCACAGCGGAUAGAGUACGACUGCGAGCUGGUGCCCCGGCGAGUGGCCAUCUUCAUUGAGAAGACGAAAGACGGGCAGAUCCUGCCAGUCCCCAACGUGGUUGUACGAGAUGUGGCGUGUGGCGCCAACCACACGCUGGUCCUCGACUCCCAGAAGCGCGUCUUCUCCUGGGGCUUCGGCGGCUACGGCCGGCUGGGCCACGCGGAGCAGAAGGACGAGAUGGUGCCCCGCCUGGUGAAGCUAUUUGACUUCCCUGGGCGCGGGGCGACCCAGAUCUAUGCCGGCUACACCUGCUCCUUCGCCGUCAGCGAAGUGGGUGGCCUGUUUUUCUGGGGGGCCACCAACACAUCGCGGGAAUCGACCAUGUAUCCGAAGACCGUGCAGGACCUCUGUGGCUGGAGGAUCCGGAGCCUGGCUUGUGGGAAGAGCAGCAUCAUCGUAGCUGCGGACGAGAGCACCAUCAGCUGGGGCCCGUCGCCGACCUUCGGGGAGCUGGGCUACGGGGACCACAAGCCCAAGUCUUCCACCGCCGCGCAGGAGGUGAAGACCCUGGACGGCGUUUUCACGGAGCAGGUUGCCAUGGGCUACUCGCACUCCCUGGUGAUAGCGAGAGACGAGAGUGAGACUGAGAAAGAGAAGAUCAAGAAGCUGCCAGAGUAUAACCCGCGCACCCUCUGACUGCCCCGGGGCCUCCGCUCCCCCUCUCGCGGCAGCUGUCAUUUCCACGUGCACUGGGACGGACGUCAGACGAGGAAUUUAAAGGAGAAGUUGACCGGAGGUGCAUUUUUGUUAGACUCCCUGAGGUUCCGUUUAGAAGUGAUUCAACAUCAACUACCUUUUCUGUAUGCUUUCCAAAGUGUUUUUUUUCUCCAUGUUUGAUUAAAGUAUUUGCUCAUAGUUGACUUACCAUUCCUACAAGAGGCAGAAACUUUGAGCAACCCAGGUUUUUUUUUUUAAGUUUUUCUCUUCCCCACCCCCUCAGAUAUACUUCUCACAACUCUCUCCUUUCCAUUGUAAUUAGCAUUGUGAUCGGAGCGGGUGCCACCUGGGGGAGGAUCGCCAUUUGCUCAGAAAACAAUGUCCCUCACGGGCAGCAUUGUUGGCAGAGGGUCCCCGGUGGUCCGUCUCCAUCCGAAACCAGACCCACGUGCUUAGGAAGCAUCUGGGUCACUUCCUUCCGCUUUGAGAGUGGCUCUGGCCGCCUGGGUUCCCUCCUCCCCGCGGCUGCUUGUAAGCCCCGCCUCUUGGCUGCAACAUUAAUAGAAUCUGCCGUUUCCCCCCUGGUGGGGGCUCUGGGGUAUGUGUUUAGCCAUUUAUAUCUACUUUAUCUGUACAUGAAGUCCUAGUGACAAAUCAGGUGACCAUGGAACCAUGCGGCUCCGGGGGGCCCGCCGUGGGGACAUAGUAUCUGGUUCAAGAACCAGCGUUAAGGUUCCUCUGCGGGGCCAGGGCCGCCUCGCAGCGCUCGCCAUUAGAGAUUGAUCUGCCAGCUGAGAAAAGUGCAUUCUGAGUCCUUGCAAAGGACCUGCCCUGUGUACCAGCCUCUAGCGCCUUUGUGCUUGUUUUUAUCACGCCCCCGCCCCCCCCCCCGCCGCUGGAUUCCGCUGCAACAGCCCGGGCUGUGUCUGAGACUCGGGUUCCAGUUCUGCUAACCCAGCUCUAGUCACGUUGGCUUGGCUGUGGUACCAAAUAGAUGGGAUGAUGCAGAAGUCCCGUCCCCGCGUCAGCGCAGACGCUGAGACUGCCAGCUGCCUCCCGCCAGGCACCUGUGCCCAGCUCGUCCCGCGGUGGCUGCUCUGCGUGAGCUAUGAGGUGCCUUUCCCGGAACCCUCCCCUCACUGGGACCCAAGAGAGGCGACAGCGCUGCCUGGGGCUCUUGGCUUCAAGAGGGUCUGGACUGGUUUGGGUGCUUUAAAAUAGGUUUUUUUAGUUCAGUGGUGCUUCUGGGGGAGAUGGGGAUAGAACUUCAGCGUGAGACUCGGGUGGAUGGGAAAGUUAACUAUUGGUCUUUGAUUUUGUUUUGCUAUUGUUACCACUUGUCAUUGUCUUGAUGUUAAAAUGCCAAAAAUGAUCCGGUUGUUGCUUUUCCCCUGCUUGUCCUCCGCUCCUCGCUGUGGCGUCUGCCCUCACAGGGCCUGUGUCUGUCCCAGGCCGGGCGUGAGGAGCCGGCCUGUGGCCAAGACUCAGUCUCACUUCCUGCUCAUCUCCGCUGUCCUGGGUCCAGCCAGUCCCGGGAGAAGCUUCUGCUAAACUAACCUGAUUUGUCCAAAUCACCCCGAAACCAUCUCUAACUCAAGCUUCCUCAUGUGGAGCCCUUUUCCCUGACAAGUCUCUUGGAGUGGGGUUCGGUGCCCGUGUUCCUCAGACCCGCACAGCUCCCCUCGGGCCCGUAGGCACUGAGUGCGGGAGCGGAGCCUGGGUCCGGGCUGCGGGAGCCGCUCUUGGCCUCGCUGGGCUUCCACGGUCCAGCGGACUGAGCGGAGGCCACCGCCAGCCCGUUCUAGAGCCCUCGCAGGGACCAGAGCAGGAAAGGGACUGCCUUCCGCGUGAAGACGGCCUCCUCUCCCCCAAUCACUCCUUUCGCUGAGUUUAAGGUGAACUUCCUACCGGGAAACCCUGUAGAACAGGAGGGGUGGCCCCGCGCUCCAGGGGAAGGGACGCGGCUUGGUGAGUGCUUGGCGCUGACCCGGGGGCGCGUGCCAUGUCUUCCAGCGCAGGAAGGAGAAUUGGGAAGAGGCUUAGAGUGAAGGGGAACCUGAGGAGGUUGUGAUUUGGUCGAAGGUGCCUGGUUUAGUGCUGUAAUUGUCUUAUUUUUUUUAUAUAUAUUUCUUGGAGUAAACAUUUUAAAUAAACGACAUCAUUGUUUACUCUG